AUGGUAACCUCACGUUGGCAUCAUGCAGAUAAUUACUCCCACUUCCAACACCUUUACUUUGUCUUAACUGGAAUUCCAGGGCUUGAGCAAAAGUAUUAUUGGAUGGCAUUCCCACUGGGUGCUAUAUAUGUCGUUGCCCUCUUUGGCAAUAGCAUCAUAAUCUCUGCCAUCAAAUCUGAAUCAUCUCUACGUAUCCCUAUGUACUACUUUCUGUGCAUGCUGGCAUUGGCAGACAUGGGGCUUGCCCUCUGUACUUUGCCCUCUAUGCUAGGAAUAUUCUGGUUUAACUACAAGUCCAUUGCCUUUGAUGCCUGUCUUGUUCAGAUGUACUUCAUCCACACCUUCUCAGCCAUUGAGUCUGGGGUGCUGGUGGCAAUGGCCUUUGAUCGGGUCGUGGCAAUCUGGAGCCCUCUCAGGUACAGUGUCAUUCUAACCAACGGUGUGGUCUGCAAAACAGGGUUAGUCAUCUUGUCAAGGGCAGUCUGUGUUGUCUUCCCUGUGCCUUUCCUCAUCAAAAGGCUCCCCUUCUACCGCUCCAACAUCCUCUCCCACUCCUUCUGCCUCCAUCAAGAUGUUAUGCACCUUGCCUGUGCCAGCACCUAUGUCAACAGUCUCUAUGGCCUCAUCGCUGUCAUCUUCACCAAGGGUUCUGACUCCCUAUCCAUCCUCCUCUCCUAUGUGUUUAUACUUCAAACAGUAAUGGCUAUUGCCUCAAGAGAGGGUCGGCUGAAGGCACUCAACACCUGUGUUUCACACAUCUGUGCUGUACUCAUCUUCUAUGUGCCACUCAUUGGGGUGUCUGUCAUUCAUCGCUUUGGAAAGCACCUGUCACCACUGACUCAUGUCCUCAUGGCAAAUGCCUACCUUCUUGUACCCCCUGUGCUAAACCCCAUAGUCUAUACUGUGAAGACCAAAGAAAUACGAAGGAAGAUCAUCCAGAUAUUUGUUCAAACCAAGAUUACAGCAGAAGGUUAG